CCAUUGAGGGAAAAAAAAAAAAACAACAACAGUUGAGGCGAGUGAUUGAAAUCCCAAAUGAUUUCCCCCACCCCCCAGCACGGACUAGAGGCGAGCUAAGCAACAGUUUAUCGGUUUCUGCUGGAGAGAGCAAGAUCGUCUGGAGAAGGAGGGAGAGCAUACCAAUUACCAAGUGUAGAACUGUGUAGUAGACUAGUAGGAGAGGAAGUAAAAGAGCGCCCCUUCUCGUUUCCUUACCGUUCCUUCUUUCUUACGAUUGUGAUCGCUGUUCGACUACCAUUGCAGCUGGUGGGAGCAAUAUUGUCAAGUCCAAAGAAGCUCCACAGCCCAUCCACUCGAGCACAAUUUGCUCUUCCGCCGUUGCAGCAGCCUCCGUCGUUACUUCAGCUUCUGGGGUGCUCCCUCCCUCCCUAAUGGACUCUCUUCAAAAUUAAGUCGAUCCAACUUCCCACUCCCCAUUUUCGCUAGAUCUCUCCUCACGAUUGACGGGCCUCGGUACCCUUCCUCCUCCCUCUCGGCUUCUCUGCUUCCGGCAUUUUCUUUUGCUGCGUUUCGAGUCGGUCUCAAUUCUAGGUUUCAGUAAGCAAUGGCGCUUAAGAGGAGAUUGUCCGCCAGUCGGAACAACCGGGGCCCCGGUGGUGGAUCUCGAUUGCCGAUUACGGUUGCUUUAUUAUUCUUCUUGUUCUUGGUGGCGCUAAUGUUCUCCAAUGGUCCGUGGCUCCGCACAGGCGCUCCUAUUGGCGAAGCCAGUCUUCCGAAUGGCUCCAGUAACCAGGAUUUGGAUUGGAGAGAACGGUUGGCACUGCAACAUGUUAGAUCGCUUUUCACUAAGGAUGUCAUUGAUGUGAUCACAGCUAAUACCGCUGAUUUGGGGCCUUUUAGUCUCGAUGCUUUUAGAAGAAGCAAUCUGUCUGCUUCAUGGAAACUUGUUGGAGCUGAGGUUUCAGCUGACCAUUUAUCCUCUUAUGAGUUAAAGUCAAAGCAGCCAGCUAGCAUUGUCAAGCAAGAAGUUCCGACCAGAAAAGGCACGAAGUUGUCUGAUGAUCAGGCUCCAUUUAUUGAAUCACCUGAAAAAUUUGCUCGAAGGCAACUAAGAGAAAAAAGACGUUACAAACGUGCAGCGGAGUUGAUGCGCCAAGGAGAUGAAACAACUAUAAAAUUUGAAAAUGCUGCUAUUGAACGCUCUAAAUCAGUUGACUCUGCUGUUCUUGGAAAAUACAACAUUUGGAGAAAAGAGAUCGAGACUGAGAAUGUUGAUUCUACUGUACGCUUAAUACGAGAUCAGAUGAUAAUGGCAAGGGUAUACUUAAGUAUCGCAAAGAUGAAAAACAAGACUGAUUUGCAGCAACAGCUACAAGCUCGGCUUAAAGAGAGUCGCCGGGUCGUAGGAGACGCAACAGCUGACUCUGAACUAAAUCAAAGUGCUCCGGAGAAAAUUAAAGCCAUGGGGCAAGUUUUGUCCAAAUCAAGGGAACAGCUAUAUGACUGUAAAAUGGUCACUGGGAAGCUCAGAGCAAUGCUCCAGACAGCCGACGAGCAAGUCAGGAGCUUGAAAAAGCAAAGCACAUUCUUGAGUCAAUUGGCUGCGAAGACAGUUCCUAAUGGAAUUCAUUGCUUGUCUAUGCGCCUAACAAUAGACUACUAUCUCCUUCCUCUAGAGAAGAGAAAGUUCCCACGCAACGAGAAUCUGGAAAAUCCAAGUUUAUACCACUAUGCCCUCUUCUCCGAUAAUGUCUUGGCAGCUUCAGUUGUUGUCAACUCAACUAUCGUGAAUGCAAAGGACCCUUCAAAACAUGUAUUCCACCUGGUUACAGAUAAACUAAAUUUUGGAGCAAUGAAUAUGUGGUUUUUAUUGAACCCCCCUGGAAAGGCCACUAUCCACGUUGAGAAUGUAGAUGAAUUCAAGUGGCUUAACUCAUCCUACUGCCCGGUUCUCCGUCAGUUGGAGUCUGCUGCAAUGAAGGAGUAUUACUUCAAGGCAAACCACCCCACAUCUCUCUCUUCAAGUGCUUCGAAUCUGAAGUAUCGGAAUCCCAAGUAUCUCUCAAUGCUCAAUCACCUAAGGUUUUAUCUGCCAGAGGUUUAUCCCAAGCUGAACAAGAUACUAUUUCUUGAUGAUGACAUUGUUGUCCAAAAAGAUCUGACCGGCCUAUGGGCUGUGGAUCUGGAUGGAAAAGUGAAUGGUGCGGUUGAAACAUGCGGCGAAAGCUUUCACCGGUUUGACAAGUACCUCAACUUUUCAAAUCCUCACAUUGCCAGAAACUUUGAUCCCAAUGCUUGUGGAUGGGCAUACGGUAUGAACAUGUUUGAUCUUGAAGUGUGGAAGAGGAAGGAUAUCACUGGCAUAUAUCACAAGUGGCAAAACAUGAAUGAGGAUAGGGUACUUUGGAAGCUUGGGACGCUGCCACCAGGGUUGAUAACAUUCUAUGGAUUGACGCACCCACUUGAGAAGUCAUGGCAUGUCCUUGGUCUCGGUUAUAAUCCUAGCGUUGAUAAAGCGGAGAUCGAUCGUGCUGCCGUGAUUCACUAUAAUGGCAAUAUGAAGCCAUGGCUGGAGUUGGCCAUGACAAAGUACAGGCCAUAUUGGACCAAGUACAUUAAGUACGAUCAUCCCUAUCUGCGCAACUGCCGCCUAAGUGAAUGACGGAGAUCACAUUGUAAGGACAGGUACAUAGCCGAUCGAAAUGCAGUUUACUUCCUCAAAAGGCAAUGGAUAAGGGUAUGAUGUACUCACUGCACGCACGAGAAGAAGGAAUGUAGCUGAGUUUUCUGUGCUGCACUUCCGUCGGAAUUCCACACACGAUUGUUUGUUCUUGUUCAGUUCUUCCCAUUCAUUGCAUUCGUUGGAAGCAGUUAGCUGAUAAUUCCUUUCCAUCUGCCCCCAUGUCGACCUGUAAAAUAUCUGAAACAGGACUGUCCCGUCUCCCCAAUCUCCUUUCAACUUUUAGUUCUAUUGUUUUUGGUCCUGGACGGAUGUUUCAGGAACUGAGUUCAGUUUGUCAGGGUUAGGAAAACUCGACAUAGAUGUUAACGGCACGAGCGUUAUUUCGCCAAUGCUGUUUGUCAAAGUUGAGGAAUGACGGCUGGGCUCCACUGUGACUAUUGUAACUGGACAAGGACUGGACUGGAAAUUUGCUAGUCCCGUCCCAUACCCUGUAUGUCCCGUCCUGAAGGCUCAACUUGCAUAACCGACUCGUCGGUCUCUGUUCUCUUUUUGCCAUUGUUUGACCCUUUAGGGUCGUGACUAGCCGAGCCCUCUCCAACCACAAAAUUAAUUACCAAACUAUAAAUUACAGAAAAUUAA